UUCUUUAUUCCCCUCUCCUCUUUUAUCACUUUUUCUCUUCCACCCUCUCUUUUCUCACUGCACCUCUUCUCUCUUCUCUCUGUUUUUGCCAAAGGUAGCUCAACCCCCUUCCUAGGAUCUCCUCUUUAUUACUAAGCUAAUUAAUACCUUCCUCUCCCUUGCGUACAUGCACUCCUGAUAACCCAAAUAAAGGUACAUUAAAAAGAACCCCACCACACUCUCUACUUCCGCUCUUUAAUAUCCCCUCCUCCCCUUUUCACCCCCUAUAAAAACCCCCCCAGAACAGUAGUAAACCUCCCACUCUGUACCAUAACCCCUUUCUCCUCCCUCCAUUCAUUCCUCCCCCAUUCUUCUUCAGGGAGGGGAAAGGAAGAAAAAAAAAAGAGAAAAAUGCCACUCCUUCCCUUCCUCUUCUUCCUCCUCCUCCUUUCCUACUCUUCGCACUGUGAUGGGUUGAGAUUUCGGGGUGUCGGGGUGAACUACGGCACGCUGGGCGACGACCUGCCGUCGGCGGCGCGGUCGAUUGGGCUGCUCCGGUCCGCCGGCGGCGCCGCCGUGAAGAUCUACGACGCGAACCCGGCCAUCCUCCGCGCGCUCUCCGGGUCCGGCCUCCUCGCCUCCAUCAUGGUCCCCAACCAGCUCAUCCCGCUCCUCGCCUCCAACCAAUCGGCCGCCGACGCCUGGGUCUCCGCCAACCUCCUCCCCUUCUACCCGGCCACCCGCGUCCGCUUCCUCCUCGUCGGCAACGAGAUCCUCUCCGACGCCUCCAUCGCCAACUCCACCUGGCCCGCCCUCGUCCCCGCCAUCCGGAACCUCCACCGCUCCGUCAAGUCCCGCGGCAUCCACAACAUCAAGCUCGGCACCACCCUCGCCAUGGACGCCCUCGCCGUCUCCUUCCCCCCCUCCGCCGCCUCCUUCCGCCCCGACAUCGCCGAGCCGGUCCUGCGCCCGCUCCUCGACUUCCUCACCCGCUCCCGCUCCUACUUCUUCCUCGACGCGUAUCCCUACUUCACGUGGGCGCAGAACUGGGACUCCAUCCCCCUCGACUACGCCCUUUUCCAGGGGAACCCUAGCUCCUCCUACCUCGACCCGGGCACCCGCCUCAUAUACACCAACCUGCUCGACCAAAUGCUCGACGCCGUCGUGGCCGCCAUGUGCCGGAUGGGUUACGCCUCCGUCCCGAUCGCGCUGGCCGAGACGGGCUGGCCGAACGCCGGCGAUCUGGACCAGAUCGGGGCCAAUGUGCGCAACGCCGCGACGUACAACCGCAACCUGGCGCGGCGGAUGACGGCGCGCCCGCCCCCGGGGACGCCGGCGCGGCCGGGAGUGGAGAUGCCGGUGUUCGUGUUCUCGCUGUUCAAUGAGAAUCAGAAGCCCGGGCCGGGGACGGAGCGGCACUGGGGGUUGUUCAAUCCGAACGGGACGCCGGUGUACGAGGUCGACCUCACGGGGCGGCGCCCUACAGCGACGUAUCCGCCGCUCCCGCCGGCGCAGAACAAUACGCCGUAUAAAGGGAGGAUAUGGUGCGUGGUCGCAGGCGGCAGAAAGACGAACGCAACGGAGCUGGGGUCGGCGGUGUCAUAUGCUUGCGGGCAGGGAAAUGGCACGUGCAACGCCAUCCAGCCAGGCGGGCCGUGCUACUGGCCGAACACGCUGGCGGCGCACGCCAACUACGCGUUCAACUCCUACUGGCAGCAGUUCCGGAAGUCCGGCGGGACCUGCUACUUCAACGGCCUCGCAGCUCAGACCGCCAAGGACCCGAGUUAUGGGUCUUGCAAAUUUCCGAGCUUACCGAACUGAAGGAGGAAGAUCAAAAGCAAGUUGGCUUGGAGGGAAGGAUGUUGUACUGCAUUUCUGGCAUGUUUUGUUCUUUUAUUCUUGCGGCGGGCCAAAUAUUCCUUGUGCUCGCCGUUUUCGGAAAUGCUUCAAAACAUAGUGUUAUCUUGAAGUUAUCUCAUAGCUCUUACCUUUUCGGUGGUAACUACGAGUGGUUUUCGGUACUUUUUGUUAUUUAACAUGAGGCAGAUCAAUCAUUCUUGAACAUCUUGCCUUCUGGACAGUGUGAUCUGAAUCAUCUUGUUCUUGGUUAGACGGUUAGACCCGAAUAUGAUUUAAUUUUCUCCCAUUUGAUUUCAGCUCGGCGUGUUGGACUUGUAACACAUUAAUGGCGAGAUUAUCAGAUGGUGUAAUCUAAAUGUUUUAUCAUUGAUGAGAUUCAAAUGUGCCGAAAAGUUAUCUUGGUC